AUGCGAGCUCACAACAUCAAAACUCUAGACUCGGCUAGGUUAUACGGUGGCGGAGCAUCGGAGACAGCCAUUGGAAACUUGCAUCUGGGUCCAGACUUCGCUGUUGAUACCAAAGUGCCAACAGGUUUUGCCAAAGGCCAAGCCGACAAGAUUGAGCAAUCAGCCUACGAGAGCUUGGCUACGCUCCAGACGAAACAAGUUAGGACCUACUUUUUCCAUGGCCCAGAUGAGACUGUUCCGUUCGAGAAGCAAAUGGAAGCCAUCCAGAAACUCUAUCUCCAAGGCAGCUUUCAGCGCUUUGGCAUCUCCAACUUUACCCUCGAGCAGGUUCUCCGCCUCUACAACAUUGCCAAAGAAAAAGGCUACGUUCUGCCAUCUGUUUACCAGUGCAGCUACAGCAUCGCCUCUCGCCAUAACGAGGCUGAUCUAUUCCCCACGCUCCGCAAGCUGGGCUUCUCCAUCCAGGCAUAUUCUCCCAUGGCGGGCGGAUUCCUGGCCAAAACGCCAGAGUACAUUGAACAAGGCCAAGGUAGCUGGAAUCCCAACACCCCCACUGGAAAAUUCCAACGCGACCUUUUUUACAAGCCAUCGUAUAUGAAAAUGCUCGCAGAGUUUGGAGCCUUGUCAGAGAAGUCGGGCGUCAGCCGCGCGGGCUUGGCGUACAGAUGGGUGAGGCACCAUUCUAUUUUGAAGAAAGCAAUGGGUGAUGAGAUGAUUAUUGGUGCCUCCACUUCGGAUCAGCUAGCAGACACGAUGAAAGAAUUAGGAGGUGGGCCUUUGGAACCGUGGAUCGUCCAGCGCAUGGAAGAGCUUUGGGAGAUGAUCAAGCACGAAGCGCCAGUUGACAACUUGAAGUCGUUUCAAAACAUUUUUGGAUAA